AUGCAGGUUGAUGCUCUGAAUUUCCGAACAUGGAAAGUGCACUUAUAUUUUUCCGUCACAUUUUCAGGGAUCACAGGAGAUGGGAGAUGCCUGUUCCGGUCCGUCGCUUACGGUGCCUGCUUAAGGAGAGGACAUCAGUCGCCUACCGACAGCGCCCAGAAGGAACUCGCCGACGAGCUUCGAGCAAAAGUUGCAGAUGAGUUCAUCAAGAGAAGAGGAGACACCGAAUGGUUCCUCGAAGGUGAUUUCGAGAGCUAUGUGCGUAAGAUGAGAAAGCCUCAUGCUUGGGGAGGAGAACCUGAACUUCUCAUGUGCUCCCAUGUUCUUAGGAUGCCCAUCACUGUUCACAUGUACAUCAAGGGGUCUGAUAGUCCCAGGAUCAUAGCAGAAUAUGGUCAGGAGUAUGGCAAGGACAGCCCAGUCCGUGUUCUCUACGAUGGUUAUGGGCACUAUGAUGCGCUGCAGCCAUCUCUUGUAAGAACACAAUCAAGACUGAGAGGAGUGUAGCUAACCGGAGAAUGCGUUAUCUAAGCUUCUUCUACUUCUCUAGGACAGCCGCAUAAGUGCUGGCAUCUGCUACAACUUGGUUUUGCCCGACUUGGCAAAAUCAUAUAUAGCACACAUGGAGUUCAGCUUGGCUUUACUGCUUCAUAGGCUGAUGUAUAAAUAAACUUCAGCUGUGUAACUCCCGAUCCAAUCAGAAAUUUAACUGUAUAACCUUACACUGGGUCCAGCUCAAGAGAACUGAAUGUUUUGUGAAAUUUAUGCAACAUUUCACUCCUAAA